CGGGAAGAUGAAAACGGGCAUGCCUACGUAGGCAAGGGCACGGACGAGGACUCGUUCGUCGUCGGCGUAACAAGCCUAGCGCUGGCCCAUGCCUCCAUCGAAUACGCAUCACCAGGCCGAUUUACUCUCUUCCACGCGGACGCUACAUUCAAGCUUAGUGACUUGGGGUACUCUUUGAUCACGUGUGGAUUUUCAGACUCUUCCCGAUUGUACCAGCUUGCCGCAAUUUUUAUUGUGAGCCGUCGCACAGCUAAGGAGUACGCGAUGUGUCUUAGCGCGUUUGUCCGAAUGGUAAAACUUGUGCGAGCGUCGGCUACCCUUCACAUUGAAGCCGUGAUGGGGGAUCCAGAGGAUGCUCAACUGAACGGGUUUCAGCAAAUUGCUCCCUUUGACUCGGCUACCUACUUCAUGUGCUUCUUCCAUGUGCUGUACAAUGUUCGGAAACGUACAAAGCAUAUGCAGUUAGAGCACCGAAGAGCGGUAAUGGAUGGCAUUGUGAAAAUCCAUUAUGCGGCAAGCAUGACGGCCUAUUAUGCGCAGAAAGAUGAAACACUGAAGGAGUGGAAAAAGAUUCCGGAGCUGACAAAAUUUACGAAGUACUUCAAAGGGCAAUGGCUCGACAGUCGUUAUUGGCGGUGGCAAGUUUUCCAUACACCUGUUGGCUAUGCGACGACAAACAAUCCCUGUGAAACAUUUAACGCUAUUUUGAAGAAGUACACCGGGCGGCGCAGAUUUUUUAUGCAGCGGCUUCUUGCUGUGACUAUGACAGUGAUACAAGACGCAAAGGUCCAUACGCCAACAGCGGACACGAAGGUGCACGCUCCCACCACAGCCGCUGCUAAAGCGGCAGCUUCGAUGAUUGCAACAGGACGUAUUGUGGCCUACGCUGCUGACAACCCUACGCUCUGCCGUGUAAAACAGUUACCGAAAGUGGACGAGACAGAAACAUAG